UCGUUGUACAAAUACAAACGACUCUGUUUCUACAGUCCGUGUCUAAGAAAAAAAACAGAGGGCUCUUUCUACUCAUUCUUCCCCAGAUCUCUGACUUUCUCCAUCACGGAAGAUUUUUUUUUUCCGGGAAACCCCAAGUAAAAUUUAACUGAAUUGAAUUGAGGUGAAGAAAGGUUCAGCAGGUAUGGUGGGUGGUGCGGCGGGUGGAUUUGUGGUGAGGGCAUUUGAGUCGAUGCUCAAAGAAUGCGGCAACAGAAAAUACAGUGCUCUCCAGUCCGCCAUUCAGACGUAUUUGGAAAGUGGAAAGGACUCCAAUCAGCAGCCAAAGACUGGUGAGACUACACAAGUUUUGUCGGCAGCUUCAAAUCAAAGCAGUUCAUCUGAAUCUGAGUCUGGACCUGGAAAAGUCGAGAUGCAAUCUGAUCCUUCAGGAGGAGCUGAGGGCGAGCUCGUUCUGAAUCCGCUCAGGCUUGCCUUUGAAACGAAGAACAUAAAAGUGGUGGAACUUGCAUUGGAUUGUCUUCAUAAACUCAUUGAGUACAAUCAUCUAGAGGGUGAUCCUGGUCUUGAAGGUGGUAAAAAUUCAAAAUUAUUGACAGACAUCCUCAAUAUGGUGUGCAGUUGUGUGGAUAAUUCAUCACCUGAUAGUACUACUCUUCAAGUGUUAAAAGUGCUUCUAACUUCCAUAGCAUCGACAAAGUUGCGAGUACAUGGUGAACCAUUGCUGGGAGUCAUCAGGGUUUGCUGUAAUAUUUCUCUUAAUAGCAAGAGCCCUAUAAGCCAAGCAACAUCAAAGGCCAUGUUAACCCAAAUGCUUAGUAUCAUUUUUAGACAAAUGGAAACUGAUGUGGUGUCUUCUAAUUCUGUUGAACCUAAAGAAGCACAUUCAGAGGAUGGGUCAAAUUCAAUGAUUGAGGAAGCGUCAUCCAGUGAUCGCAACGGUCCAAGAAUAACUUCGGAAGAUGUACUAUAUGUGAAACAGAUACAUAAUACAUCACUUGUGUCUCUUCAAGGAAUUCAGAAUCUUGUUGUUGGCUCAGAUAUAAAGGGUUUAGAGGCUGUUCUUCAGAAGGCAGUGGAUCUCGAAGAUAGCGGAAAAGUCGGAAGUGGGAUAGGUUCAGAGGGCAUCAGUGUUGAACAACGUGAUGCUUUACUUCUUUUCCAUACGCUCUGUAAGAUGGGCGUGAAGGAUGGCAAGGAUGAACUUACUAACAAAACUCGUAUUCUAUCGCUGGAGCUUCUGCAUGGCUUAUUGGAAGACGUUGGCGACUCAUUCACAAAGAAUUUUCAAUUUAUUGACUCAAUCAGAGCUCACCUUUCAUAUGCAUUAUUACGAGGAUCGGUGUCCCAGUCUCAUAUCCUAUUCCAGUAUGCAACAGGAAUUUUCUCAGUUCUUUUGUUGCGAUUUCGGGAAAGUCUCAAGGCUGAAAUUGGCGCCCUUUUUCCGGUGUUUGUUCAAAGGUCUUUGGAUGGAACAGAUCUUAACCAGAAACUAAGUGUUCUUCGAAUGUUGGAGAAAGUGAGCAAGGAUCCUCAAAUGCUUGUUGACCUUUAUGUAAACUAUGACUGUGAUCUUGAUGCACCUAACCUUUUCGAAAGGAUGGUUUCCACACUGUCCAAAGUUGCUCAAGGUACUGAAAAUAUGGAUACAAAGUCUUCUAAUGUGUCUCAAACAGGAUCACUUAAAACAUCAUCUCUUCAGGGUCUCGUGAAUGUUCUCAAAUCACUAGUAACUUGGGAGAAGUCUCACAGAGAAUCUGAAAAGCAGAACAAGGAAAAUGUAUCUUCUGAAGAAGUCCCACCUAGAGAAUUGGAUGAGUCGAAAAAUGUGGAAGAAGAUUCACCUAGCAACCUUGCUGUUAUGCAUGCGUAUGUAGAAUCCAUGAACUUCUGUGGAAUGAAAUUUGAUAUUGCAAUUCGUGGAUUCCUUAAAGGGUUUCGACUUCCACGGGAAGCUCAGAAGAUUGAUCGCAUAAUGGAAAAGUUUGCAGAGCGCUACUGUACAGAUAAUCCUGGUCUAUUCAAGAAUGCAGAUACAGCUUACGUGCUUGCUUAUGCAAUUCUAAUGCUUAAUUACGACGCUCACAAUCCAAAGGUGUCCCCAAAACUGUCCAAAAGUGAGUUUAUUAAUAUGAAUGUUAGAAAUAAUGCUGAAGAAUCUGCUCCUCAAGAACUCUUGGAAGAGAUCUAUGAUUCCGUCGUCAAAGAAGAGAUAAAAAUGAAAAAUGAUCCUACUGAAGUAGAGGAAAGAGAUGACAUCAUCAAUGUUCUCAAUCUGGGACUCCCAAGAAGGAGCUCUUCAACUGACUCCAAUUCUGAGGACAAGGCGAUUAUCAAGCACAUACAGUCUCUAAUUAAUAGUCAAGGUGAAAAAAAGGGGUCCUUUUACACGUCAGACAGGAUUGAACUUGUGUGUCCGAUGGUUGAAGCUGUGGGAUGGCCACUACUUGCUAUUUUUGCUGUUACCAUGGGUGACGUAGACAACCAAGCAAGGAUUAGUCUUUGUAUGGAAGGAUUCAAGGAUGGUAUACACAUAACACAUGUUCUAGGAUUGGACACUAUCCGUUACGCAUUUUUGACUUCUUUGGUGAGGUACAAUUACUUACAUGCACCUAAAGAUAUGCGUGGAAAAAAUGUAGAAGCGCUACGCACCCUUCUUGAUUUAUGCGACACUGAGAUCUAUGCCCUUCGGGACUCUUGGGUUGCCAUUCUGGAAUGUAUUUCCCGCCUUGAGUAUACAGUAUCCUGGCCAGCUAUGACUGCAACUGUCAUGCAAGGAUCAAAUCAAAUCUCCAGAGAUGCUAUUCUUCAAUCUCUGAGAGAGCUCUCGGGAAAACCAACUGAACAAGUAUUUGUAAAUAGUGUCAAAUUACCAAGUGAAUCAGUGCUCGAGUUUUUUACUGCUUUGUGUAACGUGUCAGCAGAGGAAUUGAAACAGACUCCUCCUCGUACUUUUAGCUUGCAGAAGGUUGUUGAAAUUAGCUAUUACAAUAUGGCUCGCAUACACCUGGUUUGGGCUAGAAUAUGGUCCGUCUUGGCCAAUCAUUUCAUAGUUGCCGGGAGCCAUGCAGAUGAAAAAGUCGCAAUGUAUGCCAUAGACUCUGUACGGCAACUUGGUAUGAAAUAUUUGGAGCAUGCUGAACUUACAAACUUCACUUUCCAGAAUGACAUUUUAAGACCAUUUGUCAUUCUCAUGCAAAGCAGCACAAGUGAAUCCAUAAGAAGGCGUAUACUGGAUUCAACUGUUCAAAUGAUAAAAUCUAAAGUUGGAAAUAUAAAGUCCGGCUGGCGAAGUGUUUUCAUGAUUUUCAGCAUGGCUGCAGAUGAUGAUCUGGAGCGCAUAGUUGAAAGUGCUUUUGAGAAUGUGGAACAAGCUAUCUUGGAGCACUUCAAUCAGGUAGUUGGGGAUUGCUUUAUGGAUUGUGUGAACUGCCUGAUCGGAUUUGCCAAUAACAAAAGUUCGCACAGCAUAAGUUUGAAGGCUAUUGUUCUUAUCCGCAUAUGUGCUGAUCGUCUUGCAGAGGGCCUUGUUCCAGAUGGUUCACUGAAACCUCUUGAUAUCAAAGCAGGUGAAACUUUUCAUUUGACUGAGCAAUAUUUGUUCCCUAUGCUGGCUGGUCUAUCUGACCUGACUUCGGAUCAAAGAUCGGAAGUCAGGAAUUGUGCACUUGAGGUCUUGUUCGAUUUGUUGAAUGAGAGAGGUGGCAAAUUCUCGUCUUCAUUUUGGGAGUAUAUUUUCCAAAGAAUCCUGUUUCCCAUCUUUGACCAAGUGAGACAUGCUGGAAAAGAUAGUUUUAUAUCUUCCGGGGAUGAGUGGCUGCGCGAAAGCAGUGUUCACGCACUACAGUUGUUAUGCAACCUUUUCAACACUUUUUACAAGGAUGUGUGUUUUAUGCUGUCCCCAUUACUGAGUUUACUGUUAGAUUGUGCAAAGAAAACUGAUCAAUCAGUAGUUUCGAUAUCUUUGGGUGCAUUAGUGCAUCUCAUUGAAGUUGGAGGGCACCAGUUCAGUGACCACGACUGGGAUACUUUGUUGAAAAGUAUAAGGUACCCCCCCCCCCCCCCCCCCCCCCCCCCACACCCCCCCCCUCGUUCCUUGUGGUACAAGUUACGGAUUGAUUCCAAGAAUUUUCCUGAUGCUAUUCCAGAAACUGAUGCCAGAGAUGAGGUGGAUAGUCCAGCGUUGGGAAGCAUUAGGAGUAAAUGCAUAACCCAGCUGUUACUUAUUGGUGCAAUUGAUGGUAUUCAGAAGAAAUACUGGGACAAGUUGAAUACACAACAAAAAAUCACCAUGAUGGAAAUUUCAUUCUCUGUCCUGGAAUUUGCUUCCUCAUACAAUUCAUAUACCAAUCUCAGAUUGCGAAUGCAUCAAAUUCCCGCUGAAAGACUGCCUUUGAAUCUUCUACGCCAGGAGCUGUCUGGAACUUGCGUUUAUCUGGAUAUUCUGCAGAAGACGACAGCAGAAGUUAAUAUUCAUAAAGAGGAAGCAGUCAAAGAAGAUAAACUUGAAAGGGUAGCUGAAGAAAAGCUUGUAUCUUUUUGUGAACGGGUGCUGAGAGAGGCUUCUGAAUUCCAAUCUAACAUGGAAGAGACAACUAGUAUGGAUAUCCAUCGAGUUCUAGAACUUCGGUCUCCCAUAAUUGUGAAGGUGCUAAGAGGCAUGUGCAAAAUGAACUCCCAGAUUUUUAAAAAUCGCCUUAGAGAUUUGUAUCCUUCCAUUACAAAACUCGUCUGUUGUGACCAGAUAGAAGUCCGUGGUGCGCUUGCGGAUCUUCUUACCAUGCAAUUGAGCGCAUUGCUGCCGUAGCACUUCCACCGUCCAUUGAUGCAUUUAUAGGAGGCUCGUUUUUAUUCGUCCCUUCUUCUGUCUAUUUAUUUAUUUAUUCAAAAAAUUCUCAUCCUAAACAAUUUUGUAGCUUGGUAAAAAUGCACUUGAUAUUUAUAGUUAAAUUCGAGGAAUUAUGUUGAUCCAACUGCGAUCUUAUCAAUUUGCUUACUAAGUUAAUUAUUUUACAUUAAAUUUAUAAAAUUUAUUUUCAUGUCAU